AUAAGAGAAACGUAAUCCAAGGGAGAGGAGUCACCACAGACACGCUGAAGAUGAAGUACAUACUCUCUCUCUCUCUCUUAUUACUAUUAGCAGCCGUCACCGCCGUUCCUAGGUCGCCGGUGGUGGUCGAGGAACUAGAUACAGCUGAUGUCCCAGCUGAACCUCUGCAGGAUUCUUGGUCGCUUACAGAAUCCCUCGACCAAGUCCCAAGUACAUUACAGGACGAUGAAGAGGAAGAAGACUUCGAUGAUGAUGAUGAUGAUGACGAUGAGGAGGAGGACUCCAGCAGGGAAGUGAAAAAGUUCCGUGUAGACGAUGAAAAUGACAGCUAUGAAGAUGAUGACGAUGAUGAAAAUGAUUUCAAAUCAUUACCAAGCACUGGAUCUGGCGAAUCUUUCAAGGAGACGAGACGUCGAUUAAUUGAGGACUACAUCAGCUUGGAGCACGACCUGCAGCUGAUCCGCAGACUCUUGGGUCUCACUCCCAACACAGACACAAUCGGACAUUCCAGUUUUGGCUUGUGGGAUGUGCCUGGCUCUGAGAAACGUACUGAAGAUGAGGAUCACCCAGCAUUUGGCUUCGGUUUUAACCCACCAAUAUUUCCUAACUUCCCAGGCCUGCCGAUUGAACCCAGCUUAACCAAGGUGGAUGACCUUCCAGACAACUAUGACAACUCUACCCACGAGAUACAUGUUGUGAAUGGCUCCCGCGUCGAGGUCAACACCACCACUAACAAGGAGUCUGGAGACGGCUUCCAGUCCUUCUUCCAUGACGAGGUAAUAGCCAUACGUCCCGUAGAUGACAAGGACAACACUACGGGUACACAGAUAGAGGAAAUGAUUGGCGAGGAGGAGCCGGUGAAAGAUGAACAGUUACCGCCGCUUCCCGAGGUGGAGAAUGAAGCUGAUAAAUCAGGGAAGUCCUCGUCCACUCUUCCUGAGGUGGACCCCAAGGUAGAGGACGAUACUGUAACAACUACUGAGGUCAGUAGCAUCUCCCCUUAGCUCCUGCUCCACCUGCAGACCUUCCCUUAGCUGCUCCUCCACCCGCAGCCCACCACCUAUUCCUCCUGCUACUGCUACUGUUGCUGCUACUGUUGCUGCUACUGUUGCUGCUACUGUUGCUGCUACUGCUGCUGUUACGUAGCCCCGGCGCAUCAGUUCUCUACGUAACCAAAAACCUUGCCAAUCAACACUUCCACGAUUGUCAUAGCUGUUACUUAUUACCAUCCCAUUUAUUACAAAUGUUUUUUUUCUUUACUCCACGUAAACCCAUCAUCAAAAAAAAAAAAAGAAAUAUGUAAUCUACCAUUAUUUAUAAAUACAUUCCAGCAUAAUGUCGGCAGUAAAAGCUUCAUGUCUACAAUUUGGUUGCAAUAAAAAAAAAAAAAAAAAAAAAAA